CAGCUCUUGAGCUUUCAGCUGAUAGACUGAUUUUUUACUCGUUCUAACAGAUACCUGGUUUUUCCUAAGAAUCAUGAGUGUCAGGUGAAACUUUGGGCCAGGAGAAAGCUACACUUUCAGAUUUUGAAAACAGAUCGAGCAAGAGCCCAACGAGAAAGAUUUAAAGCAACAUGGGAGCUUGUGGGGCAAAAGGUUGGAGGAACAUGACUGAAGAUGAUGCAAUCCGCACAGCUCUGGAGCAAUUUGAACGAACAGAUGCUUAUCGAAUUUUCAAUGCUGUCUUGGUCACAAUUUACUUUGUGGUGCUUGCUGGUGGUGUGUGUGGAGUUAUCAAAAUGUCUUUUUUACUAGUGAAAAUGAACACAUUAUCAGUGACAACAACUGCAAUCAUAAACCUGGUGGCAAUCCACAGUCUCUUUCUUGUGACUGUACCGUUUCGGCUAUAUUACUACAUUUCUAAAAAUUGGGUCUUUGGACAGUACUUUUGUAGAUUUGUGAGCCUAAUGGCACAUUUCCAUAUGUACCUCACUUUUCUAUUCUAUGUGAUUGCCUUGAUAAUCAGGUUCCUUAUUUUCUUUCAAUGGAAGGAUAAGGUGGAGUUCUACAGGAAUUUGCAUGCUGUGGCCACUAGUGCAGUGGUGUGGAUUCUGACUCUUGCUCUUGUGCUGCCACUAAUGCAUGUUUGUUAUGGGAGAAAUGGGAAUUAUCAGAACAACACAUGUUUUCAAUUCCAACAGGAGCUAAAGAAAGAUGGAGUGAAAGCACUGAACUAUGUUAUAAUUACUGGAGUGGUUCUGGUAACUUUCGGCCUUUUGGGCUUGCAGGUUGUCAUCAUUCUAAAGAUAGUGAGAAAGCUGUCAGGAUCUGUUUGGUCACAUCAGGAGUUUCGGGCCCAGCUGAAAAACUUGAUUUUUGUAUGUUUCAUAAUUUUUUGUUUCCUUCCUCAUCACUUUUUCCGGAUUUAUUACAUUCAGCAUGUGAACGACAAUCAGAAUCUGGAGAUAUACAAUGAAAUCUGCUUGAGCAUAACUGCAGUCAGCUGCCUUGAUUUGUUUCCAUUUGUGAUCAGUGGAGGCAGACUCAUGAGACAAAAAACUAUGGGGCUUUCAUGCUGUUAAAGCUUUGCUCUUUUGUGAGAAAAUGUUCUACAUAGCACUAAAGUCAGCUGGGUAGGUAAACAGCAUAGUACAGGAUAUUUCAAAAUAAAAAUGUAGAUAUUUCUGUGUAUAAAUUCUGUUUUCUAUAACUUGAGAGAAGAAACUACUAACUUAGAGCUCCAGAAGCAUAUGUGGCUUCUGGAGCAUAUGUGACAUUCAUGAAUGGUACACAGCAGUUAUGGUAACUGCAUCAUAACUAGAGAUUUAGGCACCAUUCCUAUUUCCAGAGAAUAUGUUUAGGGUGAAAAAUCUCCAUGUGUCAUAUAUAAAAAUGUACCAGCAAAGGCAAAACAAUAAAGUAGAAACAAAAGUCUA